CUCGCCCGCCCCCCGCGAGCCUUCCUUCCUCUGCUCCUUCUCUCCUCGCCGCGCUCCUCGUGCCUCUUUGCGCAGCCAUGAGCUACUCCAGCGGCAGCCGCGCCACCUCCUACCGCCGCGCCUUCGGGCCGUCGCCGAUGCUGUCGCCGGUGUCCUACUCGUCCGCCCGCUUCGCCUCCUCCUCGUCGUCGGCCGCGCGGCUGCUGAGCGCGCCCUCGCCCGGGGCCUCCUCGGCGCGCUCUUACCGCGGGGGCGCCGCGCUCUUGCGCUCCAGCACGCCGGCGCGCGUCUACGGCGCCGAGAAGCUGGACUUCUCGGUGGCCGAGGCGCUGAACCAGGAGUUCCUGGCCACGCGCAGCAACGAGAAGCAGGAGCUGCAGGAGCUGAACGACCGCUUCGCCAGCUUCAUCGAGAAGGUGCGCUACCUGGAGACGCAGAACGCCGCCCUGCGCGCCGAGCUGGGCCAGGCCCGCGCCAAGGAGCCCGUCCGCGCCGGGGACCUAUGCCAGGGGGAGCUGCGCGAGCUGCGCGCCCAGGUGGAGGCGCUGGGCAGGGACCGCGACCGCCUGCAGGUCGACAGGGACAACCUGGCCGAGGACCUGGCCGCACUCAAGCACAGGAUGGAUGAAGAGAUGCACAAGCGCGAAGAAGCGGAAAACAAUCUGGUCCUGUUCCGCAAGGAUGUAGACGAUGCCACCCUUUCUCGCCUGGAGCUGGAGCGCAAGAUUGAGUCCCUUAUGGAUGAGAUUGAAUUCCUCAAGAAACUGCAUGAAGAGGAGCUAAACGACAUGCAAGUGAGCAUGCACAGCCAGCAGCAGGUGCAAGUGGAGGUGGAGCAGGCCAAACCGGACUUGACGGCUGCUCUGCGAGAUAUCCGCACCCAGUACGAGAGCAUCGCUGUCAAGAAUCUGCAGGAAGCUGAAGAGUGGUACAAAUCCAAGUUUGCUGACCUGUCGGAUGCAGCCAAUCGGAACCACGAGGCCCUUCGCCAGGCCAAGCAGGAGAUGAACGAAUCUCGGCGCCAAAUCCAGAGUCUCACUUGCGAGGUGGACGGACUCAAGGGAACGAAUGAAGCCUUGCUGAGGCAGAUGCGGGAUCUGGAGGACCAAUAUGGGGGUGAGGUGAACUCCUACCAGGAUACGGUGGGACGGCUGGAACAGGAGAUUCAGCACAUGAAGGAAGAGAUGGCUCGUCACCUGCGGGAGUACCAGGACCUACUGAACGUCAAGAUGGCCCUCGACAUUGAAAUUGCAACCUACCGCAAAUUGCUAGAGGGAGAGGAAAGCAGGAUUGCAGUGCCUGUCCAAUCCAUGUCAACCCUCAGCAUCAAAACAACAGUUUCAGAGCCUGAGCCACCUGUAGAAACUCAUACCAGGAAGACGGUUCUGAUCAAAACCAUUGAGACGCGAGAUGGCGAGGUGGUGACUGAGUCCAGGAAAGAGCAGAGAGCUGAGCUGGAAAAGUGAUGUCAACCUCACCAGACACCUGCCUGUGUCACAGAGAUGGGCACUACUAGCCAACGUGCAGAAGUCCCAGCAGCAGACGCCCCGGUCCCCCACAAAGCCACACUGGCCUUACUUAUAAUUAUGCUAAUACUUCCUACCUCCAAUAACCUCCCACACUCUACCAGGCUUCCAGAGCCAGCUCUCUGCUUACCUGUGCCUCUAGUCUUCCUAGGGGCGGCCUUGUUGUGAUUCUAGCAAUAACCACACAUGGGCUGGUUAGUGGAGAUUUCUUCACCUGCUCUCCUCUUCCACUGCCUCCUGCCACUCAGAUUCUCACCUUGCCUUGUGAGGCCCACUUUCAGCCAGCCUUAUCAUGAAAGGGGAAGAGCAUUGAUCGGAGUCAGUUGAUCGGAGUCAGUUCGCGAUCAGUAGAAGUUUGCCAGAUGUGUUUCAACGCCAACCUGGAUCGUGCUCUGGUUCAUAAAUGGUCAUGGCUGGGAAGCUGGGUAUCUCUGACAAUUGGCAAGUCUAGCUAGGCACCUCAACGUAGAAACACCAAAGAAAACCACAGCCUGGUUAUAAUCUUGUGGGCACUUUUGCACAUGCAGAAUAAUGCACUUUCGAUUCACGUUGCAGCUGGAUGUUACUGUGCGAAAUAGCAAAAUUCACUUGCAAACAAUUGUUAGAGUGGAUUGAAAGUGCAUUAUUCUGCAGGUGCGAAAGUGCCCUUUGUUCACUGCCCCUUCGUCGGAGGCUCAUGGUCAAUUUUCUGUGCUGAGUCAAGGCCAACCACUGCAUCACAGGGAUUCUUGAAAGUUCUCAGUAUGAGAAUUUCCUAAAUCAGGAUUAUAAUUGCUGAAAUCUUCCCAAGCGUGUCCAAAAAUAUGUGCGUUUAAAGUGCCGUCAAGUUGCAGCUGACUUUUCAGUAAAUCCUGCGAGGGGCUUUCAAGGCAAGUGGUGUCCGAAAUUAGCAUGUACAAAAUAAAUUACUAAAUACA